AUGGAUCCACAUCAGCAACAACAACAACAGCAGCAAUAUCCAAUGUAUCCGCAACCAAAUCAACCAACUUCAAGUUCAGUUCCUGGAACAUCAACACCGCCACAAGAAGUUGACCGAUUCACUCUUUUGGAAAGAAAAUUGGAACAAUUUCAGGUUGGCUACAACAAUAAUUUUCAAAUGUUUUUGUUAUCGUCGAAUUACAAAGUUCGAACAAUUCAAAAUUAUUGAAAUUGAAAACUUUUUCGAAUUCAUGUUCAAAAAAUAAAACAUCUAAUUUUCAAGGAAACUGCGAGACAUAUCGGUGUAAUUGCAAGUGAUUUCAAUCAAAGAAGUCAAGAUACUCUGAAUGGAAAAAUAUAUGCAUUGAUUCACGGAUUACAGGUAAUAUUAUUUUGAUUCAUCUAAAUUACUCCAAAAUCUAUAUAAAAAAAUUUCCAGGACCUUGAUCGCGUCAAAAAUGGCUUUGCUGACACCAAAAUUCCUCUCGAAAUUCUCUCAUUUUUAGAUGAGGGAAAAAAUCCACAAUUGUAUUCGAAAGAAGUACUUGAAAGAACUUUGCAGAAAAACAAAGAAGUUAAUGGGAAAAUUGAGAUUUAUAAAAAGUUUCGAGCUCAUUUAUUGAAAGAAUUUGGAGAAGAAAUGCCGGAUUUGGUUCUGAAAUAUCGAAAUAUGAGAGAUGAUUCGGAUAUUGUGUAA